AUGGAAAAUAGAAAAAAUAUUAUUCCAAUAAUAGAAGCUAUACUUUUAUGCGGACAGCAAAACUUGUCAACCAGAGGCCAUCGUGAUUCUGGUAAAAUUGAAGUAGAAAAUUCGGAACCCAGAGAAAAUGAUGGAAAUUUUCGUAAUAUUUUAAAGUAUCGAGCACUUGGUGAUGCCAAUUUAAAAAAAGUCCUUGAAAGUCCAGGUCGUAUUAAAUACAUUAGUCCCACUAGUCAAAAUGCCAUUAUUGAUGCUUGUAAUUCUGUUUUACUUUCUAAGAUUGUUAAUAGAGUAAAUAAAGCAAAAUGCUUUACUGUUCUUGUGGACGAAACGGCUGACAUAGCUGGAAUUGAACAAGUUUCCAUUUGUGCGCGCUAUGUAAAUCGUGAAACAUGUACAUUGCAUGAAGAUUUUUUACAGUUUGUACCGACAGCUGAUUUGACUGGUAAAGGAUUAGCUACCUUAAUACUGGACAACUUAAAACAUUUUGGAAUCGAAACACAGUAUCUACGUGGGCAAGGUUUUGAUGGAGCAGCUGCAAUGUCGGGUAAAUAUAAUGGUGUUCAAUAUCAUAUAAAACAAGCUCAUCCACUAGCCGUUUAUAUUCAUUGUUCUGCCCAUUCUCUCAACCUUGCUGUCUCUUCAUCAUGUGGUAUUCAAAGUAUACGAAAUUGUUUAAGAAUUGUUGGAAAACUUAGGGAUUUUUUUAUAUUUCCAAAACGUAAAGCUGUGCUUUCACUAGCUAUUGAACAAUCGGAAAAUGUGUUAUCAAAAAAGAUCAUUAAAAAGAAGUUGUGA